GCCUUCCGGGGUAGACACACGCUGCGCCCUGAGGACUCUUGUCUCUCCCCGGCCGCCGUACGCCGCUGUUGUUAGGGGUUACCAGAGUAGCGUCUCUCUGCGGCCGGUGAUUUUGCAGGCAGCAGCGGCGGUGCCGGGGACUCCGGGGCUACGGAACAAUGGUUCUCAUAACGGAAGAUCUAAUCCGGAGGCGAGCGGAGCACAAUAACUGCGAAAUCUUCUCCUUGGAAGAAAUCUCCCUUCACCAACAAGAUCUAGAAAGGAUUGAACACGUGGACAAGUGGUGCAAAGAGCUGAAAAUUCUCUAUCUCCAGAAUAAUCUCAUCCCCAAAAUAGAAAAUGUCAGCAGGCUGAAGAAACUGGAGUAUUUAAAUUUAGCAUUGAACAACAUUGAGAGGAUCGAGAACCUGGAAGGCUGCGAGUCUCUACAGAAACUGGAUCUGACGGUGAAUUUUGUUGGGGAGCUGUCUAGUGUCAGAAGCCUCCAACACAACGUCCACCUGCGAGAGCUGUACCUGGUGGGGAACCCGUGUGCACAGUUUGAAGGUUACCGGAAGUAUGUAGUGACCACACUCCCACAACUGAAGUGGCUGGACGGAGUGGAGAUAGAGCGUACGGAGCGUAUCCAGGCCCUGCAGGAUUAUGCCCAAGUGCAGCAGAGAAUCAAAGAACAAGAGGAGGCUUAUAUGCUGAAGAGGGCCAGGGAAAGAGAAGAGGCUCAAAGCAAAUUAUCCAGAAAGCCGUCCGAGCACCAGCAGCCACAAGAGAGAAAGCCUGGGUUUGAUGGACGCUGGUAUACAGACAUCAACAACACUUUGCCAGAAUGCGUUGGAAACAAAGAAAACUGUCCUGAGAUGAACCCCGGGGACCGGGAGGUGAGAAUGGAUGAGAGUGAAGAGGAUAAAGCAUUUUGGCAGGAGCCGUCACAGUACACGCCAGAGAGUAGAUUAGAGACGCACAGAUACAUUGAGGAGAAACGCAGAUCUAAGGAGAGCACAAGUGAAGACAGCAAGAAAGUGAGACCUCCGAGGACGUUGAUCGCAGCGGACGGACGUACUCUGAAUGUUAAUGAGCCCAAGCUGGAUUUCUCUUUGGUUGAUGAUGAGGAGAAUAAUCAGUUCAUCUUGGACCUUGCUAUAUACAGGCAUAUGGACACCUCCUUGGUUGACGUUGAUGUCCAGCCCAGUUAUAUAAAAGUGUUGGUCAAAAAUAAGCCAUUUCAGCUCGUACUUCCUGAGGAAGUGAAGCCAGACAGUAGCACUGCCAAGAGAUCUCAGACGACGGGUCAUUUAGUGGUCACUAUGCCGAAGGCCUCAGAGCUCAUUGAGAAAAGGAGGACGCCUUCACUUCCACCGAAAAGGCAAAACUGCAAUAAUGUACAAAGCAGCAGUUCAAAAGGAAUUGAAAAAUUGGAAGUGGAUCCAAAAGCGUAUUCAUUUCCCGAUGUGGCUAACAUCAUCCGAGAAAAGAGAAGCGGUGUCUGCGGACCGCAUCAGCUGCAAAGCUCGGCGCCGAAAGAUGCAAAGGAGCAUGACGGAGAUUUUGAGGACAACUCGGAGGUUCCACCUCUUAUAUGAGAGAAGAAGCAAGCCAAUACACGAUGGCUUAAUUCCUGCACCAGUGACCCGCUUACUGCUGUGGAACUACAAGUACCAGCAUGCCCUAACUACUCCCAGCUGGGACUUGUAGUUCCAGACCAACUAAACCAUAAGAAAUUCUAGUCAUGCUGAAGAACCUAUAUCUGGAAAGACAUUGUGAAACUACACUUCCCAGAAUGCCCUGCCAGCCUCUACCAGCCUAUCCUGGUGAUAAGCAAAUUGAAAGUAUUAUACAUUUUUCCUAAUUACCUGUAAUGUGUUUACACAGCGCAAUUAAACUUUUUGAAUGUAUAAUUAA